AUGGAUAAAAAUUGCAUCAGCAUUGGCAUGUGCUUUGUGCCAAAUACACAAGCACAUUUUGAUGUUAGAUGCGGAGCCGUCAACAACAAAAGGCACAUUUUGGCCACAGGUACUGAUCAGGGUGUAAUAGUAAUAUGGAACAUAAGUUCUCCAAUAGUGGAUAAAAUAAGAUAUAAAGGAACGCUAAAAAGAUUCAAAGAAAUAUAUGAGAAGAAAAAUGGACUUAAAUUAGUUCCAAGCUACGUACUGAUGUCGAACACAAAUUCAUUGGCCUUCCCAGUAACUCAAGUAGAAUUCGCAGUAGGAGACUCAGUUCAUUCGGAUUUGAGCGUGAAUGAAGACAAAUCAAAGGACUUUAAGCCAGUGGAGUUCGGAGAGGACAUAUUGUUGUCGUUGCACGAGGACAGUACACUGUGCAUAUGGUCGCUUAGUAGUUACAGAUGCCUGCAUAAAAUAAGAGGACCGCCCUUUCAAGUUCGUAGCAUCAAAGUGCUCCCAGACAGGAGGUUUUUGGCAGUUGUUGGAGACGCGAAGGUGAACAUAAUUGACAUUUGGAACAUAAAGCUGAUACAGACGCUGGAAAUAUCGAACCCGGAAAACAGCGUUAAGAGCAGUCCGCUGGCGCAGUUUUCAUCAGAGGAGAUGUCUGACAUGUCGAGCACGCCCCUGACGAACUCGACGCCGAGGAUACUGACCACAGCGUGCAGCAUAGCACCAGCAGUAGAAAGGCUCGACGCCAACAAGAACCUGAGGAACGUCAGCGCCCUGAUCUUUGUGGCGAUAACCACGAGCAAUGAGAUGCUUCUCUGGGACCUGACCUCGGCAAUACUGUCCUACAAGUCAGAAGAAGCGAGUCUGAAUGGCCCGGUGAAGGUGGCGACGGAGUGGGACGGAGCCUACGAAGUUAACGUGCCAAUAUUCCCGAAAAACCAGGAUGACGCAGGACCAAGAAAGGCGAAGAGGAAUAAAAGACAUAAAUGUCCGACGCUUAGCGAGUACAUGUACGAGCUGGAGCACGAUCAGGGGAGGAUCUACGUGCUGGACAACUACGUCUUCCUGAUGGUGGGAUACCGCAUCCUGGUGUGGUACUACGAGGCGCACGAGCUGACGAGGACGGCGGAGCUGUUCAGCUUCACAGACGACGAGUUCAGCAGCUCGACGGCAAAGUGGCUGGGCCUAGGCUGCGUGAGGGCGCGGAGCGUCGACCUGCUGUGCUGCUGGCUCAGAAGCGGGAAGAUGAGAGUGUACAGGAUACCUGAGGCUAACUCUAAGAGGCACUUUGAAGUAAUCAGAAACUACAAGUUCCCAAGGUUCCGGCGACCCUGCGAAAACGUGGAGUUGUACCUGCGAGGGGAAGGCGCGGAGGACGAGGUGAUUCCACUGCACCUGAUUCACUUCGACGGAGAUGUGUACUACGGAGUGCACGGACUGAGGGAAUGGAAGCACCAAAAGAACGCAGUUGACCUGAAGGUAGCAGGAACGCCGAACCUGACGUGUCUGGCGGAGAGGAAAGGCCGCAUUAGUAAGAUAGAGUUGCACGAGAACGGAGAAAUGGAGGCGGUGGAAGUAGGGAGCUACAGGAGAGAGAAGAUGGUUUCGCCGAGGGUAUUCGCCGAGGUGCUGAGGAGAGUGAGUAGGAGCUGGCGAGUGCGGCAGUUCAUAAUAACGGAGGCAAUCAACGACCACCUGGACAGGUUCGAAAGGAGAAGGACCGUAGGCACCUGCAGCGUCAGCAUGCUGCACUGCACCGGAGAGAACCUGGUCGUGGCGCUCGAAAGAGGAGUGCUGGUGUACUCGCUGAGCUCCCUAGCCCCUAAAUUCAUGAUCAACGCAUGCCACCUCUUCAACAUAAGGAGCGUGCACAACAUCUGUGGACUAAGCGGAGGAGAGAAGGACGCAGACCUGGUGGAAAUGGCAAACUACUUCGCAACAGUGGACACAGAGGGCUGGAUGGUGUUAUACGUCAUCCACGAGAUAGUGAGCAGCAUCAGAGGAGUGCAGGACUCGGACCACGUGAAGAUCCUCAUCGACGACGAGAGCAUAUACAGUAACACGGCAAUCAAGGGCCAGAGCGACUUUGACUUCCUGGGCGAGGAACGUGACCUGACGCUGUCGAACUUUUUCAUAUAUCGCAAAAAUUACAGAGGAAUUCACAGAAUAAACACGCGCUAUCACCUGAGAGCCACGGAAGUGGAUAGAAUAGCACUGGACAAAAACAGAGACCUGCUGUACGUGCUGACGAGCACGAGUGUGCUGGUCUGGAGAGCAACCACAGGAAGCAUGGUGUACAGCUACGGGUACCUGGCGCUGUACAGGCAGGCGAUCCUGGUCUCCUCAAAGGCAGACUACAGGGACCUGAAGUCGUCGCUGAGCAUCUCGGAGACGCUGGCGACGAUGCUGACCGCGAAGCCGGCGACGGAGGAGGAGGAGGUGAGGAUGCCGAACUACGCGACCUCGCUGUCACUCUUCUCGGAAAAGUAUAAGAGGAAGCUCAAGUGUAACCUAUUUUUAUCGCACCUAACACUGUCGAUGAAAGAUAAUCGACGCGUGAACACACGGACACACGCAAGUAGCGGGAAAACACACGCACCAGCCAACAAAGUUGUCACCAGUGGAGGGACACAAGAAAGUGGCGCCACUGGAAGAUAUACAGUAAAAUUUGUAAAAAGCAAAAGGAUGCUUAAAAUAAGAGCCAUUAGAGGGACGGGAAGGAGAAGUAACAGAGAUGAGAAGGAACAUGAAGAGGAAAAGGGUGGAGCUGUCAGCUUCAACAACUCGGUGCCAGUGAUAAUUUUCAAUUUGGAGUCGCUGCUGAGUGGAGGCGACACGGAUUACCUGAGCGUAGCAAAGGACUGUCUGUUAUGCUACCUGGGAGUGCCGAACGGAAGCGUGACGAUUCCACUGAAGUACGACCUGAGAGAGAAGGCCUACGAGAUGAUAAGGAAACGCAGCACACUAAUGAGCGACACGCAACAAGUGAAACACUAUGAAAAGUUGAAUGUAGUUGAAGCAAGGAGUCCGAAAUCAAAGGAGAGAGCGUACGAGGAUUUAGAGCAACCAUUGCUGAGAAAGCACUCAGAUGAGCCUAUCGUAAUUGGGAAUUUGGAGUGGAAGAAAGAGGUUGAGAUAGUUGAUGAUGGGUCGGCAUUAGGCCAGAUGGGUGAGCACACUGGGCAUGUUGUACUUACUGGGCGGUUUGAUGGUUCUGGGAAGGGUGAACGCACUGUCCAUCUUGAAAGUAGUGGACAGGGUGAGCGGGAGUUAUCGCAAUUCUUGAAGGACAGGCCGCCCUCUAAAAGUAUUGAGUCCAGGAUGCCGUUUGGACGCACAGGAGGCGGAACGACAUCUGUGGGAUCGGGGGAAGGCGACUACGUAGAUUUGCCAAAAACACGUAGUUGCGACGCCAAAUACAGAGUAAACAGGUACUUGAGCACAUGCUCGUUCUUCCACGAGUCGUUUUUACUGAGAAACGGGACAAUUAGGAAUUACCGCGUCCUGAGGAGUGCAAGCACAAGCAAGGACGGCUUAAUGGACGUUGGCCCGCCGGUUGGCAAGGAGCACAGUAACGGGAGGCGGGAGCUUGACAUAUGGUUGCUGGUGGCAGUGCUGAUGAACACGGAAAGCGACAAAGGCUCCAACAAGGUUCUCGAGUACAUGAUGAGCCACAUCAGAAGUCUGGACAGAAGUGAGUUGGACCUGCACGUGGCCAGGGCUCUGGCGACGAUGCACGUGGCGCAGAGCUUCAAGCUAAAGGGAAAGACGAGCCUGACGCAGAUACACGUGUGCAACUGCAACGCGACGGUCUUCACCUUCGGAACCAAGUGCGGCUCGUGCCACAAAACGCACUCGAAGUUUGACCAUAACCAGGAGAUAAAGAGCAUCAAGAACAUAAACGAGGACAGUUCGCUGAUAGUAUUGGCACUGAUAGCACUGGACAAUUACCUGUAUUCCCUGAAAAACUCGAUAAGAAUGGGCCUGAAACUGUACACGAUAGCCUCCUACGUGGUGCAGCAGUUAAUGACGAAGUUGCUGACGUUGGAGGACAACAGUGACCUGAUAAAGGCGAACCAAGUGCAGAACAAGGCCGCCACGCCCAAACAUGAAACUGGGAGGAAUUUUGACCUUAAGGGGUUCCUUUUAGACCUGUUUGCGCAGGGCUUUGGAGUGGUCUGGAACCUGUCAACCUUCUCAAAGCAGUCAGUGCUGCCAGACCAGAUUAGGUACACGAAGUAUUCGCUGCUCUUCAGGGAGGACUUUGGAUCGACAGAGGGGAUCUGCAUGGACAACGCCUUUUUCAUUCUGUUCCUAUUCCAGUACUACCAUUACCUGAAUGACAGGUCCUGGAAUAAACUUCUGCUGAUAUCCUGUAGUCAGAACACGCCGCUGGCAAUAGACAUAAUAGGCUGGAUCGUGAAGAAGAGGAAGUUGGGGAAUAAAGCAAUCAUUAGCGUCAUUAAAUUUAUGAUCAAGUUCAUGGAAAGUUACAUGGAGUUGGCCUUUGCACACCUCCCAGAUUUGGUGAGCAUAGUGAUAAAGUGCCUCGAUCCCCUCGACUACAACAUCAGGAUUAUGUUGCUGAAGCCGGCAACUAAUGCUCUAUUCUUUCUGGUCAAGAACAUACCAAUGGUGGACUUCCACCAGGACACACAGAGGUUCGCAGUGGGAUCGCAGUCAGGCUUCAUGAUAAUAUACGACAUCAGGACGGCGACCAAGUGGCGAAUGUUUUUGGGAAAGCAGAGCCGAAUCGCCUGUGUCGCUUUUGGAUCAAAUGGUAGUCUAAUAUCUGCCUAUUACCACCAAGUACCUUGUUUCAUGGUGUGGAAGUGCUCUUCCAGCGGCCUCAUAGGCUCACUGCUAUCUAACACCAGCAAGGAGUAUAAGUUAAUCAAGCUUAAGCAGAUCAACGUGUUGCCGACGCUAAAUCAGGUACUUUGCACAAAUAAUCAUAUAAACGGACACACAACGCAUACAUAA